UACAAAUAUACUUAAAGAUAUACAUAGUUCGGAUAUCGUCCAUUUUAGUGAACAGUUCCCUUUAACAGCUGUUGACUGGUAAGCUAAGACGUGAUAUCUGACACCAAGUAACGUGCCUCUACCAAAACCAGAAGUAAACCCGCGUAUAUCGAAUCCUUGAAGAUGAGUUCGAGGCCAUUUAAGAACCUCCUUGUUGCCAACAGAGGCGAGAUUGCUACGAGAAUCAUAUCCAGCGCACGGGAACUGGAACUUGAAACGUUCGCGAUAUAUUCCGGCGAGGACAACUCCCACACUGUUGGGGCCGACCAUGCCUUAAAGCUCGCUUCUCCCGCAUCCUACCUGGACAUCGCGGAAAUUAUUGGAAUUGUCAAAAGCCAUGGAAUCGAAGCCGUGCACCCGGGAUACGGGUUCUUGUCGGAGUCGGCGGAAUUUGCACGGCGAGUCGAGCAGGAAACAGGAGCUUUUGUUAUCGGGCCAGGUGCCCAGAUUUUGCUUCGCACCGGCGACAAGCUUGAAGCGAAGAAAUUGGCAGCAGCAUGCAACGUGCCAACUCUACCGGCAUUGACCACCCCAACAAACUCCAUACAAGUUCUCCAGAAAUUCGCAAGCCAAUGUGGCUAUCCCAUCAUGGUCAAGGCCGUGGACGGUGGCGGUGGACGAGGGAUUCGUCUGAUUCGGUCGGAAGAAGAGCUGGAGAGUUCCGCUAGACGAGCCAUUGAAGAGAGCCCUUCGAAGCAAGUCUUUGCUGAGCGAGCUGCAGUUGACGGAUACCGACAUAUCGAGAUUCAGAUCGUUGGCGAUGGCAAUGGGGACGUACGACAUCUCUGGGAGCGGGAAUGCAGCAUACAAAGGAGGUAUCAGAAGGUAGUGGAGAUUGCGCCUAGUUCGAUAACAGACCGGGCACUCGUUGCGAGAGUUAUCGAGUCUGCUGUGAGCAUGGCGAGAAGCAUCAACUACCGGUCACUGGGGACGUUCGAAUUCCUCGCGAACCCUCAAACGAAGGAGUUCUUUUUCCUCGAAGUCAAUCCGAGGUUGCAGGUUGAACACACCAUAACCGAGUCGAUCACAAGCCAUGACAUUGUCAAGCUGCAGCUGCGGUUGGCUCAUGGAGCGAGAAUUUCCGAGCUCAUGUCACAAACCACGCAGAAUCCGGCUGAACCUCCUGCCCUUCGGUCAGUGCAGCUCCGCAUCACGGCGGAGAACGUUCAAAACGAUUGGUCCCUCAGCAUAGGGAAGAUCUCGUCGUUCCACUUCCCCAGUGGAAAUGGCAUUCGAGUCGACACCAACCUGAUUUCUGGCCAUUCAGCAAUGGUCAGCACCGAUUUCGAUAGUCUGCUGGCGAAGAUCAUUGUGACAGCUCUGUCAUGGGAAGAUGUGGUGGCCAAGGCCAAGAGGGCGCUCGUCGACACGAGGAUCGAAGGAGUGAAAACCAAUCUUGAUGUACUCAAGGGUAUCGUCUCCCACCCUAGUUUCCUAGCUGGGAAGUGUGAUACUCGAUGGCUGGAGGCCACGCAGGUGGAACUUCUACAGACUGGAGAGUCGAUCACCGCACGCGCACCUCGCACCUUUCAAGUUCUGGCCGACUCAUCCUCCCAGGGCGCAUCUUUUGGCCAAACGAGCGUUCUCUUCCGCAAAGGCGAUGCUUGGUCCCUCACCCUGGCCCCUCGCGAUGAUCCGAACGCAAGCGUGACGAAUCAUCUCCAGCUCAUCAAGGUGUUGCGAAAUGAAUUCCCGACGGCAAUGACGGCAGAGAUCAUGUACACACCCAGCGGCGCGACGAAGCCAACGCCAUAUAAGCUGGCUCUUCAAAGCACCACGGCCAGUGCCGGGUCCACGACCAGCACGCAGCGCAAGGGGAAUCCCAAGAAUCCGGCCCACAUCAUCAUCCCGUUCCCGGGCAAGCUUGUGGAGGUGCUUGUGGACGAAGGAGACAUUGUGAAGGAAGGCGAUGUCGUCUGCGUCGUGCAGCAGAUGAAGAUGGAGUUGGAGGUGAGAGCACAUCGGACAGGGCGAAUCACUUGGGUAACUGAAGCGGAGGACGGCGAAGAAGUAGCGGAAGGGACGCUGGCUGCUGAAGUCGAAGGUGAAGGGCCGAGAGUAGAGGCCAAGCUAUAGAGUAUAUAGUAGAGCAUAAGAGAAUACGAACUGAAGAAAGACUUACUUCCUAUUUGUAACUUUCUAUAGUUAUUUGGUUCACGA